AUGUAUCAAUUGUUUGGUUUAGAUCCACGAAAGCGAUUGAAACUUUUGGAGACUCUGUCGACCACUGAUUUAGGUCUAUCCCAGGAGUGUACCCGUGCGCACGCUAUGAUUUUUAGAAGUUUUAAAAAUAUGGACAUUUGGGCACUACAAUAUUUUGAUUCAAUGGCUAACUUUCCACCGGCGGGUAUAAUGGAGGGCGUGUUUGCCAAUUAUGGCGAAUAUGACGAGUGUCUUAAUGUUCAGUCACCGGCUGCUAUUGAACCGAUCAUUAGUGGUCAGUACUGUUUGGCCAAACUUGUCAUACCGUUCCCCAGUUUGGACACUCAUGUCGAGACCGAUUACGAUGACAGGGAUCUGUCAUUCUUUCUGAAAGCUAAUGAAGACUUUGAUGUCACUUCAGUUACCGUUAGGAAUAUGAUUGAAGCACUUAAUAUAGUUAACGGAACUGUGUUUUCACUGGGAGUCUGUAUACCCUCCCUGUGCACACCAAAUGAAGUUCAAACAAUGAUUAAUAAAAUAUUAUAUCCCAUAUUACGUAUGCCUAUUGAGAUAGAUCAGUGUCGUACUAGAGAUAAGACUAUCACUAUUGAUAACUACCAGCGCUUAUCAUUUAAUGCCAAAUAUGCGACACUCGACACAUUGAGACUGAUAUUAAUACUGAACGCACACUUAGUUCACGCAUAUAUAUUGACGUUUACUUUGGGCACCAAAACACUUAAACGUGUCGUUACCGAUGCUUUGCCUAAAUUUUUUUUAGACCCCCGAUAUAUAAUUGUCAAAAGUCCUCUAAUGAUUGAUGGACUGUUCACAUUAAGCGGUUUUCUUAUAUCCUAUACAUUACUACGAAAACUACGCCAAACAAACGGUCGCCUAAAUUAUCCUUUUUUUAUAUUUCAAAAUUGGCUACGAUUUGUUAUACUGGUAUUCGCUUCUAUACUGUUUUAUUAUGUGUUUCCACUCCUAGAAGACGGACCCGUAUGGGAUUCGGCCACCGAUUUGAUGACUACCGGAUGCAAAGAUCCAAUGAAUUUGUUAAAAAUAUUUUUAUUUAUAAAUAAUUUUCAAGAAUUUCAAGUCGAAAAUUUUAAUCAAACAAGACCUCGUUUAGGAUUAAUUGCAAUCAUUGUGGCUAUCRGUGUCUCAUUGUUCAUAACAAUAUCACCAUAUCUUCUCUAUGGUAUCAAACCAUGGCAUAUGAUACUCUAUCGACACGUCCAGAUGCUCAGCUCCCGGUUUAAUAAGUCGGCCAAUUGGUUUCAUACCACUCCUAACGUUCAUAUACUAAGCUAUCUUAUAGGCAUAUGCUUUGGCUAUUUGCUUACAAAUAACAGUCAAUUAGAUUUAGGUAAACGAAGUGUUCGUUUUUUAUGGUUGGCCUCUAUCGCCGGUAUCAUAGGUAUGUACUAUUGGAACGAUACCUUUUGGAGGGGCGGUUCUGGUGAGCCAACACUUAGUGUACUUUUGUGGCACACUAUCGGCAAAGUAAUAUACUGUACAAGUUUUGGUUGGAUUUUUUUUGCCAGUUGUACGGGAAGGGCAGGACUGUUCAAUAAAGUGUUGUCACACCGUAUAUUUCAACCGAUUUCUAGGCUAUCAUUUGGUAUAUAUUUAUUGCAUUAUAUGGUUGUCAUUAGACGUAUAUUUAUUAUUAAGAGUACCGUUUGGAUGACUGAUAGACUUAUGAUUGACACUAAAGUAGACUCCAUUGAUCUCUACAUUGAUUCAACUUAA